AUGACUAACAGAACAGCAUUCAACAUUGGCAUUAGUAUAGGUGUCCCCUGUAAAGGCUACGAAGAUGGCUGCCAAAGCCUCACGUACCAGGACAUGUGCCACGUGAAACUCAAAACAGAGACCCCAGUUACAAGAGAGCAUGCUGUCCUGAAAGUACCUAUCUUCACAGUACCUCUCUCUACAGUACCACUCUCAACAAUACCUCUCUACAGUUCCGCUCUCCACAUCAGUGUACCUCUCUGCACAGUACCUCUCCCCACAGUACCUCUCUCCACAUUAACUAUCUCCACAGUACCUCUCCACAUACCCCUCUCACCAGUUCCUCUCUCCCCAGUACCUCUCUUCACAGUACCUCUCUCUAUAGUACCUCUUUCCACAGUAGCUCUCUCAACAGUACCUCUCUCCACAGAACCUCUAUACACAGUACCCCUAUCCACAGUACCUCUCUUCACAGUACCUCUCUCUUCAGUACCUCUCUCCACACUACACCUCUGCGCAGUACCCCUCUACACAGUUCCUCUAUCCACAGUACCUCUUUCCACAGUACCUCUCUCCACGAUAUCUCUCCAUAGUACCUCUAUCCAAAGUACCUCUUUCCACUGUGCAUCUCUCCAUAGUUUCUACCUCUCCACAAUACCUCUCUCCACAGUACCUCUCCACAAUUCCUCUCUCCACAGUACCUCACUCAAGAGUUAA